AGGAAGCAUACACAAAACAGUGCUUGUUUAAGAAAACGAGUAACUACAAAAACCUACUCACAAUGUAACCGGACCAAAUCCCAUAACUUCUCAAAAUCAUCAGCAUUCAAAAACCCCUCUUUUUCCCUCUCUAAACCCUAAUUUACAAUUUUCUCCAAUGACCUAACCCUGAAACUGAAACUGAAAUUUCAAAAUCAGGGCUUCGAAUUAAUUGAAAAUCUUCAAUGGUAGCCAUGACGAAAUCGAGUUCAAGAGAAAGACUAGCGAGUCUCAUCAACUCAGCCAAGUCUGCCUCUGACAUACCGUCAAAGCUCCAAACUUUGCGUCAAUUAAACCAAAUUUUGCAACAACAAGAAAACGCUAACUCACUCUCUGAGUUCCUUCCUCGAAUUUUCGAGUUUCAGUCUGAUCAGCACUCUCCUGUUCGCAAAUUUGCCACUGAGAUGAUUGGAGAGAUUGGAUUGAAGCAUUUAGAAUUUGUGCCCGAAAUUGUUCCGGUUUUAAUGUUAGUUUUGGAAGAUCUUGUACCGGCUGUUGCUAGACAAGCUAUUACUUGUGGGAUCAGUUUGUUUCGGGCUACUCUCGAAAAACUUGCAAUUCAGGGUCUUUAUGCUAGCGAGCUGGAUGAUUUGCUUAAGUCUUCGUGGUCAUCGAUGUUAGAGUUCAAGGAAAAAAUUUACUCCAUAGCUUUUCAGCUGGGAAGUGGUGGUGUAAGAUUGCUGGCACUAAAGUUUGUUGAAGAAGUCAUUCUUCUUUACACUCCUGAUCCUUAUGGCACUUCAGAGCCCCCUUCUCAUGAAGGAUCAAGUGUGGAAUUUAACAUAUCAUGGCUCCGUGGGGGCCACCCUGUACUAAAUGUUGGAGAUUUGUCAAUUGAGGCCAGCAGAAAAUUGAGUUUAUUGCUCGAUCAGCUUAGGAUGCCAACAGUGAAAUCUAUCAGUAACUUAAUGAUCAUUGUGCUUGUUAAUAGCCUUGCCACGAUUGCAAAGAAAAGGCCUCCAUGCUAUGGACGCAUUCUGCCAGUUUUACUUGGUUUGGAUCCCUCAAACUCUGUUAUUGAAGGGAUGCAUGGUUAUGGGGCACAUCAUGCUUUAAAAAAUGCCUUCCUCACCUGCUUGAAGUGCAAUCACCUGGGUGCUGCACCGUGGCGGGAUCGUUUAGUUGGUGUUCUAAAAGAGAUGAAAGCAGGAGAGUUGGCAGAGGAAGCGCUACAAGUUUUAAGGAGCAAUGGAAGUGUAGAGGAGGCAAAGGAAGAUUUUCUAGUUGCACAGGAAGAAAAACUCUCAAUUAAGUCAUCUGAUGGCAUUCCAAAUAAUUCAGCAAGGAAACGAUCUGGACCAGAAGACAGUAUUGAUUUGGCUGAUUUGGCUAAAGAUGAUGAUGUGUCUGGAAAACGUGUCAAAUCAUCCCCCAGUGUCUCGGAGGAAUCAUCUAAAGAGUUGGAUCAUAGAGCUAACAAAAAAGAUGAUGAUAAUGGACCUGUGCAGCAACUUGUUGCUAUGUUUGGAGCCUUGGUUGCUCAAGGUGAAAAAGCUGUUGGUUCUUUGGAGAUUCUUAUUUCAAGCAUCUCUGCUGACUUGUUAGCUGAAGUAGUGAUGGCUAACAUGCGCUACCUUCCUACCGGUCAUCCCCAUGCGGAAGGAGAUGAUGAGUCACUAUUGAACAUGACUAUUGUUGGCAGUGACACUAGAGCCAAGUAUCCAUCAUCUUUUCUGACUAAUGUUCUUUCACUUUCUAGUUCCUUCCCACCUAUAGCUGCACAACUGAAUGCUGGUCAUUCAGUAUCCAAAGACAUACUGACAACAGACGAAGAAGAACUGCAGAUGACAACAGACGAGGAAGAACUGCAGACAACAAAAGACGAGGAAGAACUCCAUGUUGCAGCAGCUGAUGUCGCUGAUGUAUAUACUGGAAAAGCUCUUGGUGCUGAAGAUGAACUGAUGCCUGCAGGUUUACCUGCUUCUUCAAAUGUCGAUUUAUCUGCGAUGCAGAUGGAUGGUUUGGCUAUUUCAUCCAAUAUCCAUGAUUUUGAGAAUUUAGAUAGUGAAAUACCUGGUCUAGAUUCUUCUGCUCGUAAUGAUGUAUUUUCAGAGACCAUGGGUGCUUCUUCACUGGUCUCUACUGAUAUUGAAGAUGCCAGUCAAGAGCAAGGUACAAGUCUGGGUACAAGGUCAAACCAGGAAGUGCUUCCAUCAAUAUCAAAUGACAGGUCAGAGGAGCUAAGUCCAAAAGCAGCUGCUACGGAUUCCAACAGCCUGAUCUCCUCAACUGCAACAUCUGUGCGUUUACACCAGCCUCUUGUUCUGCCUAAGAUGUCUGCACCUGUUGUCAAUCUUGUUGACGAACAGAAGGAUCAGCUGCAUAAUUUGGCUUUCAUACGCAUCAUUGAGGCAUACAAGCAAAUAGCAGUUGCUGGAAGUUCACAAUUUCGUCUUUCCUUGCUUGCUUCUUUAGGAGUUGAGUUUCCUUCAGAGUUAGACCCUUGGGAACUCCUUAAAAAGCACAUAUUGUCAGAUUAUGUGGUUCAUGAGGGACACGAGUUGACAUUGCAUGUCCUCUACAGGUUAUUUGGUGAGGUAGAAGAGGAACAUGACUUCCUUUCUUCUACAACCGCUGCUUCUGUGUAUGAAAUGUUCCUUCUGACUGUGGCUGAAACGCUUAGAGAUUCUUUUCCUCCUUCAGACAAAUCUUUAAGUAGACUGCUUGGUGAAGCUCCUUAUCUUCCAGAUUCAAUUUUCAGUCUAUUAGAGUCCUUGUGUUCUCCUGGAAACAUCGAUAAAGCUGAGGAGUUGCAAAGUGGAGAUCGAGUUACUCAAGGUCUCAGCACUGUAUGGAGCCUGAUUUUGCUGAGGCCUCCUAUUCGAGAAUCCUGCUUAAAAAUUGCUCUGCAGAGUGCAGUUCAUCAUUUGGAAGAAGUGCGUAUGAAGGCACUUCGUCUGGUGGCAAAUAAGCUUUAUCCUCUCUCAUCCAUCGCUCAACAGAUAGAAGAUUUCGCAAAGGAAAAGCUGCUUUCUGUGGUAAAUAGUGAUGCUACAGAAAGCAUGGAUGCUGAAGGGUCAUUCUCUGAAUCACAGAAGGAUUCGAUUUUGGAAAAACCAUCAAAUGAGCAUCAAUCUAUGAGUGCCAUCAGUAAAGAUAUCUCCUCUGAGACUCAUCAGUCAUGCACAUCUGAAAGUGUAUCAUCACUCUCAAUCUCAGAGGCCCAGCGGUGCUUGUCACUGUAUUUUGCCCUGUGCACAAAGAAGCACUCCCUUUUUCGCCAAAUUUUUAUUGUUUAUAAAAGUGCAUCAAAGGCAGUUAAACAGGCAGUUAAUCAGCACAUUCCUAUACUAGUCCGUACUAUGGGUUCGUCAUCUGAUCUUCUUGAAAUAAUUUCAGAUCCUCCUAUUGGAAGCGAGAAUCUUCUGAUGCAGGUUUUACAAACACUGACAGAAGGGGCAGUUCCUUCACCUGAAUUGUUAUUCACCAUUAGGAAGUUGUAUGAUUCAAAAAUAAAGGAUGCAGAGAUCCUAAUUCCAAUAUUACCAUUCCUACCCAGAGAUGAGAUUUUGCUGAUCUUUCCCCAUUUAGUGAAUCUUCCUCUGGAUAAGUUCCAAAUUGCACUUGCUCGUACACUACAGGGAUCAUCUCAUUCUGGUACGAUGCUCUCUCCAGCUGAAGUAUUAAUUGCCAUCCAUGGUAUUGAUCCUGACAGGGACGGAAUCCCCUUGAAGAAGGUUACAGAUGCUUGCAAUGCUUGUUUUGAGCAACGACAGAUAUUCACUCAGCAAGUUCUUGCGAAGGUCUUAAAUCAGUUGGUUGAGCAAAUUCCUCUUCCUUUAUUAUUCAUGCGCACGGUACUACAGGCUAUAGGUGCUUUUCCAGCAUUGGUGGAGUUUAUUAUGGAGAUCCUUUCUCGUCUCGUAAGCAAGCAGAUAUGGAAGUACCCGAAGUUGUGGGUUGGCUUCCUGAAGUGUGCACUAUUGACGAAGCCUCAGUCCUUCAAUGUGUUACUUCAGCUUCCUCCACCCCAACUGGAAAAUGCACUGAACAGAACUGCAGCACUGAAAGCUCCUUUGGUUGCCUAUGCUAGCCAACCAAACAUUAAAUCUUCACUUCCAAGGUCUGUUCUGGUGGUCCUGGGAAUAGCUCCAGACCCUCAGACUUCAAGUCAAGCACAGACAAGUCUGGCACAAACUGGAGAUACGAACAGCUCAAAUAAGGAUGUGACUGUAGAGAAUUCAAAAACUGGAGAAACGAGCAACUCAGUUAAGGAGGUGCUGACAGAGAAAUCUAAAGAAUCUUCUGUUGCUAGCUGAAUGUCCGAAAACUCGGUACUUGAUGAGUCAGAAAUUGCUCCAGAGGAGGUUGCUGUGCCUGCCAAGCAGCUCCAAGCUUAGCACUUGGAGGCACCAAGUUCUCCAAGUUUUUGGAUGCUCAUGCCAUACUCUCACCGUGCAUAUCUGCGACAGAAAGAAUCAGAUUUGACCCCAUGUGCUGUUAUACUGACAACCGUUGCAUGGAUAAAUUUAGUGAAACUGCUGCACCAGCCGAAGAUAUUCGUUGUCAGGAAGUUUCCGGGGCAAGAUAGAAGUGAAAUUGUGAACCAUUUUUACUCAACAUGCGAGUUAAAACAAUUUCUGAAGGAAAUUUCUUUUUUGUAUUUUCAGUUGUUUUUCUUAUGUUUGUAUCGGGGAGUUGCUAAUAUCAGAGAUGUACAUAAACAAAGAUCUGAGCCAGUUGACGAUGUCCCCUUCCUUUUUUUUCCAAGAGCAAUAGCAUUUUUAAAAUCCAA